AUAGUCCAGCGAUGCCCUGGCUGCGAAGAGUCUGACUCACGUGAAGGCGGGCUGCAUCGUGUGCGGAUAUCUCAAGCUGCUUCCCAUGUUCCUCAUGGUAUUCCCGGGAAUGAUCAGCCGAGUCCUCUUCCCAGAUGAGGUUGCCUGCGUUGUCCCGGAGGAGUGUAAGCGUAUCUGCGGGACGAGAGGUUGGCUGUUCCAAUAUCGCCUACCCCAAACUAGUGGUGUCAGUCAUGCCCUACG